UUUUUUCCUUGUUCAAUUGAGCUCGUAACACAGGUGGGUGAGUAAAGUGCGGAACAUGUUCCAGCUCAAGCCAAAGACAGCGACGGCCAAAGACGACUUUGUCGAGCGGCAGCGCCAAGAGCGCCAAGCCAGAGCCCAGCAGCGGUCGGCUGCGAGUGCGACUGCGUCUGAUACUGCAGCGGUAACGCCAGCGACAUCGACACCGACAGCUGCAACCCAGUCCGCAUCACCGCUGGCAGCGGCAGGGUCGCGGUCACCAAGUCUCACAACUCCGACGCCGACGACGACAUCGAGCCUGACGCCCCAAGCCACCACAGCCCAAGCCACAUGGUCGAUGCGCUCUUCUGCUGCAAGUGUUGCGGAUACGCCGCGUCCCGAUGUACCGACUACGAGCACGACGACCAAGAAAUACGUUCAGCCGAGCGUGGACAUGCAGAUUGGUUCCGCACUCGUCAUCCAAAAAUGGACGCGAAUGUUUUUGGUGAAGCGAAACCUGGCCCAGAAAGAAAGGCUCACCAUCGACUUGCAACUGGCCGUGUUGCAGCAAGCAUUGGCCGUGCAGUCGCACGCAGAUUCUGCCACAAACAACCCGAACGUUGCGACACUGGUCGCCAUUCCAAUCGCGGCCACUUUGCACGCGAUGGUCGCUCGCCUGCUCUUCAUCUACCACCCAAAGCACGAUUACCCACGCCUGGUGGCGCUAUGCAAGCUCAUACUGGCUUCGAUGGACGCACCAAACAAUCUGCCCUCGUUCGCGGCGCUUGCGCUUCAACGUGACCUGACUGUUGUGUGGAUUCGCCAAAUGAAGCGACUUCUCGUGCUGUGCGUGUACCACGUACACCAGGCCUCUCUGCAACUGGCGGCCAGCGGUCUGAUUGCAACCGAGGCUGACGCUCCGCCCGCUCCAUCCGCCGUCGUCCCUCCCACUCACCCCAUGAGUCCGGCUAUUCCGAAAGCACCAUCGACGCCAACGCCGACCGGAUUACUGCCAUCCUCCCUUCCCUCCUACUUUAAUGCCACGCGCGUGGCGGCUGCAGCUUUGUCUACUCUGCCGCCCGCGUCCUCUCCAAGCAGCACUGGUCCUCCACCGCAGCCUCCGCUGUCAUCGAAUACUGCCGCGGGUCUUCCUCUCACCUCACUGCGGAUGCUAGCGACCUUCACGGAUGCGUCGACUUGGAAACUGUCGCAACAAAGCCCCGAGCCCCUCAAGCAGUCGCUUGCCAAAAUUUCCAGCACUUUUCUCCAGCAUUUAAACCAGCCUCAGCCCCAGACUGCGUCGGCGAAACUCACCCUUGACGUGGCGUUUUCGUCAAGCAACUUUUCGUGCGAGACCAUUCCCGUCAUCCGCACGACUGCGGUGGCCUUCCUGUCGUCCUUCCUGCAAGCGGCCUCUUCGCCCAAGCGCAAUCCACACAUUCCCAGCGCAGCGCUCGUGAUAUCGGCUGCCAUGACCCUGUUCAUUCGUCCCAUCAUUGCCUCGCGGUUUUCGAGGGAGCUCGUUCUAUCGUUUGUUCUGGAAGUUUUGUCCAUUCCCGCACUCUUUCCGCGUCUCGCGGCCGUUUGGCCAGAAGGACCCGCCCUGUUUGAGAAACUCGAGUUUCUGCAACAUGUGAUCAACGCGCUGGAAGAUAGCCAAACACUCAAAAUUAUUUUUUACACGCUCGAAGGCAAUUACACCUUGUGCCUGAUUGCCAAUUUGGUUUCGCUCUUUGGCAUGCAUCUGGCCAAUGCUCGAGCAUUGGUGGUCGACACGCCUGCUGCACCGGCCAGCCCGAGCGGCUCUGCAAAAUCCGCACCUGCAAGGGCCUUGACCGACCGCUUUGUCGAGGUGUUGCACCAGUUGCUUGUGCACGACAAGAGCUACGUCCGAAAGAAGCAAACGAGUCAUGCCAACUUCCAUCCUCUUUUUGGCUGGUUUUCUGGCGUCACUGAUGCCACACUGUCGGAGGCAUUUCCGCAAAUCACGCUGCAGCUGCAAAACUUGUGGAAGCGGGACGUUCUCCGCGCCAUUUUUGCCGACUUGUUCAAACCUGCGUUCGACAGUCCUUCUCCCUCCUCUUCCUCCUCUUCCUCCUCCUCCAUCGUUUCCGAAGGCACGCCCACUGCCCCUGGCGGGACGAUCAAAAAGCAGUCGCUCGGAUCCAAGUUAUCCGCGAUCGCGCACGGUGGCUCAUCCAGCUCGAUCGCCAACACGGCUGACUCGCUACUUUGCAUGCGCGUUCGAGAUGCUUGCCAGCUUUACGAGACGCUUGCUGGAACCCUUGUCAAGCUCAAGGCGGAAGUGUUGAACGCCCUGUCGUACGCAUCCGACUUGCUGCCACGUUUGUGGAGGUUUUUGAGCACGGUUGGACCAACAGGCAAUCUCAAAGUGUUUCUGGACUCGGCUGUCGUGCCAGAAAAGGAGCCCUUCAUCUCCAUCCUGGUUGUCUUUUGCGACGCAUGCAGUCACUUGUUCCUAGUCUUGGAUGAUGAAGAAAUCUACAACAUGCAAAAGCCGUUCUCCAUGACCGACCUGGCAAACUUGUCCAAGUUUCUCAACCAAUUCCUUUUUACGAUGAUCUGGCAAUCACCGCUUCCGCGACUUGAAGCGUUGCUAGCCGCCAUCGAUGCUGACACUACCGGUGCGGGAGCUGCGGACGCUCAGACACCGACGUCUGGGAACCAGCGCGCCUCAUCUUCAACUUCAUCCUCCUCCUCCUCCUCCUCCUCCUCGCCAUCGAGCGUGCCCGCACCUGCCUUGGCUGAUCUGACUCAACAAGCACGGCUGCUUCGUUCGAGCCACCGCUUACUGACACUGCUGUAUGAGCGCGACGCACGCCGCCCGUUCACGUCUGGCGACCACUGGCUCAUUCCCGAGCUCAAGUCAUCGGCGUUUGACUCGGACUGGCGUGGCAAAGGCUCUCGCUCUCGUGCGUUGCUGCGGUAUAUUCCCCACUGCAUCCCAUUCCGCAGGCGAGUCGACUUGUUCCGCAAGCAGAUCGAUGCGACGAAGGGCGAUCGCGACGAUGCCGACGCACGACCCAGCAUGCUCGUACGCGUGCGACGCAAUGCCGUGCUCGAUGACGGCUUUCGACAACUGUGCAAUACCAAUGGCGACACCAUGCGCGGUGUCAUUCGUGUCAAGUUCACGAACGCGCAAGGGCUCGACGAGGCGGGCAUUGACCAGGACGGUGUUUUCAAAGAGUUUUUGGAGGAAACCAUCAAGCAGGCGUUCGACCCCAACCUUGGGCUGUUUCGCACAACCUCGUCCAAUCUGCUCUACCCGAGUCUCACCUCGCGGCUCCAAGAGGACCAUGUGAAGUUGUUUGAGUUUGUCGGGCGAAUGCUAGGCAAGGCCUUGUACGAGGGCAUUGUCGUCGAAGUGCCGUUCGCUCAUUUCUUCCUGUCCAAGCUGCUCGGUCGGCACAACGGCUUUGAUGAACUGAGCUCCUUGGAUCCCGAUCUGUACAAAAACCUUGCAUUCAUCAAGCGCUAUGACGGAGACGUCGAAGACCUCGGCCUGACGUUUUCAGUCGACGAGGAUCUCUUUGGCACCGUCGUGACCAACGAUCUCAAGCCUGGUGGAAGAGCUGUCUCUGUCACGACCGCCAAUCGCAUCCUCUAUGUUCACCUUAUGGCCGACUUCCGCAUGAACACGCAGCUCCGCGUGCAGUCGCAAGCAUUCAUUCAUGGGUUUAGAACGGUCAUUCCCGACUCGUCGCUUCGGAUUUUUUCAUCUUCCGAGCUUCAAAAGCUUAUUUCUGGCGACAGUGUAGACUUUGACGUGAGCGAUCUUCGACGCCAUACCACCUACUAUGGAGGCUAUCACGACUCGCAUCGAACUGUGCAGUGGCUGUGGGAAUGCGUGGCCGAGUUGGAUACCAAGGAGCGUUGUCUGUUCCUCAAGUUUGUGACUAGUUGCUCGAAGCCGCCCAUUCUCGGAUUCGCCCAUCUGCAUCCCACCUUCUCAGUUCGGUGCGUCGAAGACCAGGAGGAUGAGCAUGUCAUUAUCGACGAGUCCAUUACUGGGACAUUGCGUGGGCUCUUUUCCGGCGGCCGCGACACCAAUCGUCUUCCAACCGCCUCGACUUGUUUCAAUCUGCUCAAGCUGCCCAACUACAAGAAGAAGAAGACCCUCAAAGAGAAGCUGCGCUAUGCCAUCAAUGCAGGUGCAGGGUUUGAGCUGUCGUAAUUUUUUAU